GCUCCUUGAACAACAAGGCUUUUGCCAGUAGGGCUAUUACACAAGGACGCUCUGUGGGAAUUAAUGGGAUACCAACAUCACACGACAUAACAUCAGAUUUAGAAAUCUGUAACCAAGAUGGCAAGUUCCUAUGUAAAUGUAGUUUUGCUCUGUUAUUUACUUGCCCAGUCUCUUUGGCUGGUAGAGACUUACUAUCCAAACUACGAAUCAAAAUAAUUUUUGAGCCCAAUGGCACCGUGUCAGUUAAAUCACCAGACUGUGAUGUGUCAGUGCAGAAACGGGUGGACAUCAGAUCUUUCUUUGUGGCUCUACCCCCACCAGUAGGUCAGCAUAAAAUAUGGGCAGAGUCCAAAGAUUCUGUGGGUUUCCUAAAUUGCACACCCUACCGGCCGACAAUCAGACAGGGAUGUCUCCCCAUUUUUCAGAAACAAUAUCCCCUGUCUGAGGAGAAGUUGAAUGGUAUAGACCCACAGAUAGAAUUAUUUUUACAAAAGGGCAUACUGACUCCAGUCAUCAGUCCUUGGAACACACCCAUUAACCCCGUAAGAAAGGCAAACGGAACAUGGCGCUUGGUACAAGAUUUAAGGCCCUUGAACAAAUGCAUUACACCUCUACCUCCCCUCGUUGCAGAUAUUAGCACCAUCUUUGCUCCUCUGACACCAGAACACAAAUGGUAUACGGUGAUAGACCUUGCCAAUGCAUUUUUUAGUGUGCCCGUUGAUGCUGCUAGUCAGCCCCUCUUUAGCUUCUCAUGGAAACGUGGCCAGCUAACAUGGACCAGGUUACCGCAAGGCUUUGUGGAUAGUCCAGCCGCCUUCAGCAUGGUGUUAAAUCAAUCCCUGACUGACUGGGUACCUGAACAUGGUUCAGUUCUGAUCCAAUACGUGGACGAUCUUCUAAUAGGAAAUGGGACAGAAAUUGGCUGUAGUAAUGACUCUGUGAAUCUGUUAGACCACCUCGCUGACAAGGGUCACUUAGCAUCUUUCAAGAAGGUGCAGUGGUGCUCGUCUCGGGUGGAAUACUUGGGAGCGGUCAUCUCGGAAGGUGCCAGGCUGGUAUCCCCUGCCAGAGUAGAGGCCAUAUCGGCACUGAGCAGACCGAGCGACAAGCGCUCACUGCUGUCUUUCCUAGGCUCAAUAGUGUACUGUAGGCAAUGGAUUCCAGACUGUUCAUUUCAUGACUCAGUCCUUAGGAAGGCUACACUCGCCACAGCCCCCAAACAAAUUACCUGGACCCCUGAGAUGGUCACUGCCUAUGACAUGCUGGUGCGUUCACUUCGUAAUGCACCCGCUUUGGGGCUGAUACAACAUGGUAGGCCUUUUUCACUGUAUUGUCUCGUUAUGGGGAAUACCAUGGCUGCUGUUCUGACUCAGGAGCAUGGUGGUAAGCAAAGACCUGUAACGUAUAUUUCAAAAAAACUACCUGUUCAGGUUCAGGGUAUGCCCGCUUGUCUUCAGGCACUGGCCGCCUGUGCCUUGGCAGUACAGGCGGCAGAGAAACUUGUUCUAGCAUCACCCAUGACCCUUUUUACAACUCACACUGUCACACAACUGAUGCAAAACAUGAACACGCAACAUAUGACAGCACAGAGGUUAAGUGGGUACGAGAUAAUUCUCUUAAACACACAAAAUUUAGAGAUUAAAACUUGUCCAUCCACUACUCCUAUAGUACGGUUUCUGCAUUCCCUCCUUAAAUUAAUGCCUGAAUCAGAACCAGUGCCAGAGCAUAAUUGCGAAGACCUAAUUUCCCAAACAACCUCCCCAAGAGCUGAUUUAAGGGAGAACCCCCUAGAAGGGGGCAUUGACAUAUAUGUGGACGGGAGUUGUACGCGCCCCGAUGAUAAAACCUACCGUACUGGUUAUGCAGUUGUCCAGCUUCCUAACAUUAUUCAUGAAGCAAAACCCUUAGUCGCAAAAUCUGCACAGGAGGCUGAACUUACUGCAUUAAUACGUGCCUGUCAGCUGUUUACAAACCAAAUUGUAAAUAUAUAUACCGACAGUCGGUACGCUCAUGGAAUCGUAUUCGAUUUUGGGAAGAUUUGGCAGAGACGCGGCUAUCUAACCGCAGAAGGAAAACCGAUAGCACACCAAACCCUUAUUGAAACAUUACUAGAUGCCAUACACCUGCCUAAAGCGAUUGCAGUGAUUAAAGUGAAAGCUCAUACUACGAGUAGGACCACGGAAGCACUUGGCAAUGCAUUUGCUGAUAAAGUAGCCAAACAAGCAGCGGAUACUAUCCCUGCACAAGACACCCCUGUGACCUCUAUGUUUUACAUGAAUGAUUUUAGUGCACCAGACUUCAAAACUACGGUUAUGCUUUUACAGUCCAUGGCUUUGCCCAUUGAUAUCUCUGACUGGAUGCAGCAUAAUUUGGCCAAAGAUCCCUCGGGUCUUUGGACAAAUAAGGAGGGAAUCAUGGGUAUUCCUAAGUCUGUGGCACCAUUGAUCAUCUCAUACAUUCACGGUCCAUGUCACAUAGGCCGUAAGCCCAUCUUAAAACAGUACAGAGACCAUUUUCAAACAGAAGGACUCAUAAAAAUAAUACAAGACUUUGUAAGCUCAUGCGUUACAUGCGCACAAAAUAAUGUACAGGGAAAGGCAAUGGGAAGACACGGAAAUUUGCCCCCUCCAUUAGGACCUCUUACAGACUUACAAAUAGACUUUACGCAUAUGCCAAAACAGAAAGGAAAUGUAAAAUAUCUUUUGGUAAUUGUGGAUAAAUUUUCCGGGUGGGUAGAAGCAGUGCCCACUACUGGGGAAACGGCAGGAAUAGCGGUACGAGCUAUUAUAAAUAAUUGGGUGAGUCGAUUCGGACUCCCAGUGAAUAUCUGGUCUGACCAGGGACCAGCUUUUGCCUCUAGACUCACACAGGAAUUCUCUAAGAUUUUGGGGAUACAAUGGAAAUUGCACAUCCCUUAUCACCCUCAGAGUGCGGGAAUUGUCGAACGGAUGAAUAGGAAUAUUAAGGAUAAACUGAAUAAAGCUACUCAAGGUACUAUGAAAAAUUGGUCCUUAUAUCUCCCAGGUGUACUUUACCAGAUAAGGGUCACUCCUAAUUCUAGAGGGUAUUCCCCUUUUGAGGUACUCAUGGGACACCCUCCAGCUGAGAAUAGUGUAGGAAAGGAUAAUGAUUUGUUUUCUCAACAGGAAACUUGGAUGAAACAUCUGGUAAGUACUAUUCAACAUACCCAAGAAGGAGUUGCUGUCACCUUUUCUCCUCUUUCCACAGAUCCAACUCACCCUUUUAUACCUGGAGAUGAGGUAUUGGUUAAGCAGUUGGCCGUAAGAAGAAAGACGGGCCCCAUUUACCAAGGCCCCUAUACGGUGGAAAAGGUCUCCCGGACAGCCGUAAAGGUUGAAGGCCUAGGACCAUGGAUUCAUGCGAGCAGAUUGAAAAAGGGUCCCUUGAAGAUAAAGACCCCAGAAGCCCCGAUGGCUCCCCCCUUGGAGCGAGGGCUCGAGAACAAGGAGGACACAAAGCUAGAAGCCCCGAUGGCUCCCCCCUUGGAGCGAGGGCUCAAGAACAAGGAGGACGCAAAGCCAGAGACCCUGAUGGCUCCCUCCAUAGAGCAAGGGUCCGGGAAAACCAGCACUUAACUGCCAAUCAGGUGUACAAUAGAAUGAUAAGAGGAGGGAAAUACUGUGGACUAUUGCUUAUAUUGUUUGUGGUGACUGCUACGGGGGUUUGCUACUUCACCCCAGGUUGCCAUGGGAUACAUGGAAUGCAUGAGGUGGGAAAAGGCAAAAUUGGUAUAGUGAGUGAUCCCAGGAAAGUAAAUAUCCUUGGGAUCAGAGGAGGGAAUUGAAAGGAAUGUGAAAUGAUGGAAUAUUAUGUCUGACAUUAGCUACUCCAUUUUGAGAUCUAGGAUUCCAUUUUAUAUAAUAUAGGUCUCUCUGUGGAGACAUUUCAAUAUGU